AGCAUGAACAUUGUUAGUGGUGCCCAGCAGGCGGACUGCCGUCUGCAAGCUAUUUGUGGCUAUUAUGUGUCUAUAAAAGGAAAUCAGCAGGGCGAUACACACACACACUCACCAACAGUUAUACACUUUGAACUUCAGAAGUCAGGCAGGAAAAGUAAGCAUCUUAUCGUCAGGGUCGGGUUUGAUCAACACUUAAGAGGAAGAUUUCUAAAGUUUGGAAACAAGCAACACGUCUGGAUGGAGAUUCAUUUGAAACAGAGAUGGACCAUAUGAAUACAAAUCCAGAGGAGGUUUUAACAGAGGAACGAUCUAAGCCUCCUACUUUCACAUUUGUGCCGGUGCUGUGGGCUUUACCAACUCAAAGCAUCACUACAGAGGAAGCAACACCCGGAGCUCUGACAGGAAACUCUGACCAGAACGUCGCAGUGUCCCAUGAGGAGACGAGCGAGGAGACCAUGUCGAUUUUCAAAGCGGAGAAAGUCUUUAUCAGAGACUGUGAGGAGGGAGGAGCAGGAAACACAAUCCAACUGGGGACAAAAUCUCAAUUAAAUCUGUCACGGGAUCUUCAGUCCCCUUCAGCCUCUACUGAGUCUGAAAAUACAACCCACCACGAAGCCCCCGGGACUGCCUCAAUGGAAACAGCUGUUUAUAAACACGGGGGCGUUUCCCAGUGGCAGUGUCGUGAUAACUCUGGACUCUCUGAGGUUAGCUCGGGUGGCUUUGUAAAUAGAGUUUCAGAGGACAGAACUAGCCCCACAAACUCUGCAGACCUGUUCCCCACCCUGGCCUCCUCCAGAGAGUCUAUCCUCUCGGAGGGCUCGGACAGAGACAAGAGCUGGUCGGCUGUGCGGCUCUCCUCUGCGAUGUCUCCGUCCUCCUUCAGCCGCACUGUCUCCCCCUGCUCCUCCGUCCUCUCGGGCGUCUUCUCUCCCGCUGUCGUCCAGAUAAAGAGGCACUUUCUCGCCCCUGGCUCUAGUCUGCUUCAAACCCCUUUCUCUUCCUGCGAGAGCCUGUCCUCCUCCUCCGUCUGUCCCCAGUCCCCUCCCCCCGUUCCCCGGCACCGGCCUCCGCUCACCCGGCUCUCCCUCCUCACUGCCAUCCUGAGAAAAGGCCGGCUUCCCGUCCUGUCCUCGACCCUGCAGAGGCCUUACACCCCCUGCUGGCCUGUUAACCCUGUGACCCUGUCCUUCUGCAACGCCUGCUCCGCAGCCUCCAGCGUGGCCUCAAUCCCCCUGGAGUUCUCCUCCCGCUUCUCCUCGUCUGCGUCCAUAGAUAGUCAGAGUCACAGGGAGCUUAAUAGAUGCAUCACUUCUCCUCCACCCGAGCUCAGCACAAUAUCAAACUCUCGGACUCAAGCGAAGACGUGCUCAGAAAAAAAUCACUUAAAGAGUGUGCCUACAUGGGAGCAGGUUAUUUCACCCCUUGCAGAGAAGAGCAGCACACUCCCACGAGCUCCACUGCCUGCAUUUUGCUCAAAUUUUAAAUCUGUUUCUCCACCGCAGUGUGAAGAAAUUGACUCUGCAGCUAACAGAAAACUGCAACACACACACGUCCCCAUUUCCCCCGAGCCGAAGCUAGGCAACAACCACAUGCACCACCAGGGCAACAAGGAUAAUAACCUUAAAAAACGUAUCUCCUUGUCCCCUAAACUAAUUAAGAUCCGAGAGAGCGCCGUUCCCCAGAAAUGGACUCCUUCACCACACAGUUCAUCUCUCUCAAGGCUUCACUGUCUGAAAUCUCCACCUGUCUGCCUCUCUCCACCGCCGCUUCAGCCUUCCCGCUCACACUCACCCGGUGUCGCCGGCGCCGACAUUGCACCACCCUACCGCCCUUCAGAAAACACAGCGAGAAGGUGUGAGCCGGAGAGGAGCUGCUCUAAUUCCAAAAGUGCCAAAUCAAACACAUCUCACUCCUGUCUCCUGUCGCCUUCGCGCUACACACCCAUCAUUUUCAGCGGAUGGCCAUCACCCACCUGCUCUCGCACGCCUACGCCCUCUCCUGCUCCGCCGGUCAAAAGCCUCUCCCCAUCUCCCCCUCUCUCCCUGCGCUCCACACCCUCCCCGAGGCCGGGGAGUGGAAUAUCAGACUGCAGUGACAGGGAUGGUAAAAAAAGAAAGACACACAAGAUCAAACUGAGUUACAAAUCGCUUGCUGCUAUUCCGACAAACACCCUCCUGUUGGAUCAGCAGACCAUAGACGAGCAGGUAGAGCGAGGAGAGAGCCCAUACGACACCUUGGACAGAGGUGUUGCGGACACACACGCUGAGAUGCGUUCGCCCUCCCAGCUGCGGCAGGAGUCAGAGGAACUUUACGCCGUUAUUGAUGAGGUUUUGGCUGAUUCCAUUCCACCAAGCAAAGGCUCCCAGUCACCACAGCCCUCCAGGUCAACAAGCACCAACACUGGACUGCAGCCUCGCUUUAGGCUUGCGUCCAAUCAUUUUUGUUUUGUUUCUUUUCUUUUCUUCCAGCUGAACAAUUCGUCAUUUCUGAAGUCCUUGGGACGUGAAACCAAAUAUGCAUCUUUAUCCAGCCUGCACCAAUCUACAGGUGUGGACAGAAAGCUCAUGGAUACUAAAAAGACGAAGCCCGGGGUUAUUCGCCCGAUGACGGCCAUUCCAAGACUGAGAGUGGAGGACGAGGAAGAAUUUCGUCCCAAUCCCUUCAGGCAAUAUGACCUCAAGCAGACAGCCUCCGACAACAGAAAGGGGGAAAAUAAAAGCCUUUCAAAGCCACAACAAGAUUUUUACACAAGAGAGUCGACGCCUGAAAGAAGGACUCCCUUCUCAGUGUGUGACCUGCAGAUAACAGAGCCUGACGACCGGAUCAGUCACCAAGUGAAGGAGGCUUCAACUUCCUUCAGCGCUACUGAGGGGCGGAUGAACACUUUCGAGACUCAUAUUUAGAUAUAAACAAGAAAACAUCCACAUUUAACCUUUUUUUCUUUAAUGAAGACCUGUAUGCUCAGACACAAUCAGUAUUAAAGACCAUCACAAGACAUUGCACAGUUAAGAGGAAAUGACAAGUGUGUUGCACCUUACAUGAAUUAGUAAAAAUAUAGUGUACCGCUGCUUUAGACCCAAUUUUCUAAAAACGUGGGACAUGGCGUAAAAUGAAAAUAAAAGGAGAGUGUUAAGAUUUGGAACACAUUGAAACCGCAUUUCUGAUUGAAAACAUCAAAAGCACAUCAUGGCAAAUGUUGAAACGUGGGCAAAAUAAAUGAUUUUUAUGCCAAAAGCAUGUUUCAUGUGUAGGCUCGUGCUGUUUUACAAUUCAGUUUGGGGUUUCAAUCAUCAUCAUUCAUUGCAGAUCAUCACAUUCUGUUUCUACUUUGAUAUAACAAGACGUCCCAGCUUUUUACUGAAUGGGGUUGUAUGUCAAUCUUGGUCUGGCUUUCCAGUGCACAGUCUCUCAAAGAGUCCCCAGAACGUUCUGUCCUAAACCUCAAAGUCGGUCCUUUAUGUCAGAAAGAGGAAGUAAAAAAGCAGGUUUCUUUAUUCUCGCAGCUGACCGUCAGCUGCUGGGAGAUUUGAUCAGCUGUAUUGAGAGAGUUGGUUGAAGAUGUUGUCUCUGUCUGACUCCCGUUUGUUGAUUUUAAAACUAAUCCCAGGGCUUUUCAUUAUGCUCCUUAUAACAACAUGACAUCAUCCUAAAAAGCUGAGUCCAGGUGGCCCCCAUGGUACACUCAUCAUAGUGCUGCUCCUGGCUCUACACAAAAAAUAGACGGUUAAGUUGUGCAAAGAUUGGAAAUGUAUUAAAUCCUAGCUGACUCUUUUAACUCUGACCAAUAAUGCAUGGAUGGCAGGGAAUGAUCCACUGAGCUUUGGUUACUUACACUAAUAAAAUGUAUAUAAUGGACUGUGGAUGUGCUGCUCAUGAAUCUUCCCUUUUUGUAAGACAACUGACACAAUCUUGCAAUAUUUUUAAAAAUUUCUAGCAUCACUUUUUCAACAGGAUGACCCCCUGCUUUUGAAGCAAACCCAAACUUUCCAUACCUGCUUAUGCCGGGUUAAUUAUUUCCAAGCUAAGGUUGAAAUUAAUGAUUGGACAACUGAUGCAGGGGGACAACUUCAUUGCAUGUUCAGCUCAUGCUACACAUCCCUUGACCUCAACUUGUUAAGGCCUUUAAUGUCUCCUACAGGUUUGAAUGGCUAAAAAAUGACAGUGAUGUUUAAUAAAUGUCUUCCCCAUCUUCA